AUGGCCUUGGGUUGGCAUUUCCAUCCAGUUCUUAUUCUAUUCAUCAUUUUUACAAACCAAUUUCCUUUCACAUCUUCAGUAUCUGACUCUGAAGCUUUGAUUAGGCUUAAAAAAUCAUUUACUAAUGCCGGUGCUCUUAGUUCUUGGGUGUCAGGCUCGGUCCCUUGCAAUAGACAGACUCAUUGGGACGGACUUGUUUGUUUCAAUGGCAUGGUCACCGGCCUUCAGCUCGAAAACAUGGGCUUAUCAGGAACCAUUGAUGUUGAUGCAUUGACUAAUAUACCGGGACUCAGGAGCGUAAGCUUUGCUCAUAAUUCUUUUACAGGUACAAUUCCUGAACUCAAUCGUUUAGGCUAUUUAAAGGCUAUAUACUUGAGAGGGAACCAGUUUUCUGGUGAGAUUCCCUCGGAUUUCUUCUCGAAAAUGAAGUCGCUGAAGAAAGUUUGGCUCUCGGAUAAUAAGUUUACUGGAGGAAUUCCAUCAUCAUUGGCUGAGCUGUCUCGGCUUACCGAAUUACAUCUUGAAAACAAUCAAUUUAGUGGGACUAUUCCAUCUAUUGAUCAACCAACAUUGAUUUCAUUUAAUGUGUCAAACAAUAAGCUGGAAGGAGAAAUCCCACCGAAUUUAGCAAGAUUCAAUUUUAGUUCCUUUGACGGAAAUGAAAAUAUUUGUGGAGACAAAUUUGGUAAAGGGUGCGAAAACACAUUGGAGAGAUCAUCAGAGCCACCAACCGGUGUUGGGCUAGAUGAUAUGAUGGUUAGCAAAGGCAAGGAUCAUAAUAACAAUAAUGUUACGAAGACAGUCGCAGGGGUUGUAACUUUGGCUGUGAUGCUUCUUUCUAUAACAUCUGUGAUAAUCUUUAGAAUGAGGCGAAGGGACAAAGAUUUUAAUGUUCUUGAAAAUAGAAGCAAUGGUAAUGCAGCAGCACUUGAGGUGCAAGUUUCGUUGUCGAAUAGACCGAAGGGAAUGGAAGUUACCAGAAAGAUAGGAUCAGGCCGUAAAGGAUCUAAUCAUGGCAGGGGUGGUGUGGGGGAAUUAGUUGUUGUGAACAACGUAAAGGGUGUAUUUGGGCUUCCAGAGUUGAUGAAAGCUUCAGCAGAAGUGCUUGGAAAUGGAGGAUUGGGGUCUUCGUAUAAGGCGCAGAUGGCUAACGGGGUUGUGGUGGUGGUCAAAAGGAUCAGAGAAAUGAAUGCAUUGUCUAAAGAUCAAUUUGAUGCAGAAAUCAGAAAGCUUGGAAGACUGCAUCACACGAAUAUUUUGACCCCAUUGGCUUUUCAUUAUCGGCAGGAAGAGAAGCUGUUGAUCUAUGAAUACAUGCCUAAAGGCAGUCUGCUUUAUUUGUUGCAUGGUGAUCGAGGACCAUCACAUGCUGAGCUCAAUUGGUCUGCUCGUCUCAAGAUUGUUCAAGGAAUUGCUAAAGGAUUGGGCUAUCUUCACACAGAACUUGCUUCCUCUCACUUGCCUCAUGGCAAUCUCAAAUCAAGCAAUGUCUUUCUUAGCAAUGAUAACGAGCCAUUACUUUCAGAAUUUGGCUUCAGUCCCCUGAUCAGCUCUUCGAUGUCGGCUCAAGCAUUGUUUGGGCAUAGAGCCCCAGAAGCAACACAAUACGGCGUAUCACCUAAGUGCGACGUGUACUGUCUGGGAAUCAUUAUUCUUGAAAUCCUUACAGGAAAAUUUCCUUCUCAGUAUCUCAACAAUGCCAAGGGAGGGACUGAUGUAGUCCAAUGGGUGGAAUUUGCAGUUCCCGAUGGGAGACAAACUGAUUUGCUUGAUCCUGAAAUUGCAAGCUCUACAAAUUCACUUGGUCAGAUGAGGCAGCUCCUGGGCAUUGGGGCCGCUUGCGUUAAAAGAAAUCCUGAGCAACGGUUAGAUAUCACAGAAGCUAUUCAAAUGAUACAGGAGAUUAAAUUACAAGAUAGUAACGAGAGCAGGACAAUGAAAGUUUUACCAUCACUUCGAGAUGGAUAUGCAGAUGCAACAGAUACCAUUGCGUCUUAUAUUCAAGAAGUUAAAGGGGAGAGCCAUUGGAGGGGACAUGGACAAGGCAGCUUUAUGGACGGAACUAGACACAUAAGUCCUUGUAGACCAAACAUGAUCAUUUCGGUUUAUAAGAAUUCAGCAACUUUCAAGUUUCAAUUGCAAUCCCCUACUUCGUGCAACAGGACUAAUUUUGGAUCAGAAAGAAUCACAGAAGCGGCGGAAAAGGGGAAGCUUCCAUUACCUAAAACAGCUUAA